UUGACUGAUUCUCGUCAUUCCACGGCUCCGCCUUGGAAUGAGGUGGUGGAAUCAAUUUCAUCAGACCUAUGCCUCAUUGAACCUAGAGUUGAUAGCUUUCCAGCUUCCCUUGAUAUCUUCUACCCAGAAUCAGUCUCGGAAGAGACAAGGCAUAUUCAGGAUUCCGCUAGCGGACCACAAUUAGUAUCAGAGCAACGUCGACUUUCUGGCCGCAUUUCCCACCAUGGGCCUAGUAGUAAUAAUGAAGCUUUGUUUCCCUGGUCAGAACUUCCAUUUUUCUCGGGAGAUAGUGAUAAGGACGAGGUUCAAACAGAACUUGGAAGUGAUCGAGGAGAGGGGGUGGAUGAAUAUUAUUAUGACACUUUUGUUGCCGGAGGUGGAGAAGACGAAGAAACGGAGAUGACUGAGACAGACUACGAUGCUGAAGAUAAGAUCUGUGACGUUAUCUUCUCUCCAUCUUCAGCUUUAAUUUCUUUGGUCACCGAAUCACCACUGGAAGAUGAUCUUCGGCUUGAGUCACGUACUCGUCGAAUUAAUCGUUCAGGCCCACCACAUUCGGGUCUACCAAGUUGGUUGGUUUGUCUCCUGCGUUGUGAAAAUCAACUGCAUCGUGCACAUAAUCUGCAAUCUGGAAUGCUUCGCUUCAGAACAGAGUCC